AUGCUCAAAAGGACUGAGACCGGGACAUGGCUCCCUGCGUUCGUUCCCGAUUCUUCUAUCGUGGUUGUAGUCCUCCUUAUGGCCUGUUCGAUGGCCGUUUCUACUUCCCAUGGAGCCUGCCGCUCCAUGAUGAACGGCCUUAACAUCCUCACCGAGUACACCGACUACUUCCACCUUGACGAAUCGACCUUGGGCGUGAGCACAGCCGCCAUCUUUGUCGGCGGCUGCUUGGCUCCGCUCUGCGCCGGCUAUCUCUGCGACCGGAUGGGACGACGGCCCGGCAUAUUCUGGGGCUGCGUCAUCGCCCUCGCGGGCAUGGCACUCCAGAGCGCUGCUCAGAACCUUGCCAUGUUCAUCGUCGCUCGAGUCAUGAUCGGCCUCGGCGGCUCGACUGCAAAUAUCGCGAGCGGCACGUACCUCUCCGAGACGUUUCCCAGCGCCUGGAGGUCAUGGGGUGUCAGCAUGCUCAACAACUUUUUCUAUGUCGGUGCCCUCAUCAUGGCUCUUGUAACUCUCGCGACGAGCUCUUGGCCAUCAGCCUGGGCUUGGAGAGUUCCAUCAAUCACCCAGGGUCUCUUUCCCGUCCUCUGUAUCAUGCUUCUGCCAUUUGUCCCCGAAUCUCCCCGGUGGCUGGUGUAUCAGGAUCACCAUGAGGCUGCACGUUGCUCGGUUGCUCUCGUUGCAGCUGACGGUGAUGUCGACAGUUCAGUAACCACUGCGAUUUACGAGGCAAUAGUCGAGGGGUCCGGAUGGGAAUACUCACAGAAGCUGGACGUCUCCCUUUGGGGUGUAAUUAAGAAUCCCGUGACGAGGAGGCGACUUCUCAUCGGCGGUGCAUCUAUUGGUGUCUUCUCUUCGAUCUCUGGUAAUAUCAUCGCAACCUACUACAUCGGGGCCGAGCUCAAGACCGCAGGCAUAACAGACAUCACAUCACAACUCAAAGCGAAUAUUGCUCUCAAUGCAUUUUGUUUGCCUUGCGCUCUGGUCGGCACCGCAGUAUUAUCCCGGUGGGGCCGCAAGUCGACUGCCGCUUUGACAGAGAUCUUUCUCGUCCUCUGUCUCGUGAUUAUCGGAGUGUUGUCCAAAGUGUAUACUGAUGACCCGAGUAAUGUUUCGACGGCCUUGAUCUACGCCAAUGUAGCCAUCAUGUUUCUCUUCCAAGGCGUCUACUCGGUCGCGUGGACGCCUUUGAUGACUCUCUAUCCGCCAGAGAUUGCCAACUAUUCGAUACGCGCACAUACUGUUGGGUUGGCUCAAUUCACACAGAACCUCCUCUGCAUCAUCUUUGUGCUUAUUCUGCCUAUCGCAUUCAAGAACAUUGGAUGGAAAGUGUAUGUGAUCAACGCAUCGUGGGACGUUGUGAUUGUUGUUUUGAUUUGGCUCUUCUGGGUUGAAACCAAAGGCAAGACUUUGGAAGAAAUCAAUAUUUUAUUCGAGAACAAGACGAGUCGGAACGAUACACACAUCGAAGAUAAUAUGAGGGUUGGCAUCUACCAAUGCAACAACGAUACCGGUGAAGCGAAAUCGCAAUCCUAA